AAAAUAGUACGUAGGACUUUUUGCUGCAACACCUCCAUCUUUCCCCUCCUUCCAAAUGUCCGUUGUGUUAGAGAACAUUUAGGAGUCAAACUCGGCAUUCAACAUUAACCAUGGUUCUUUCAAUCUCUCUUUCAUGCCCAAUCAGGCAUAGACCCAACACAGAAAACGUAAAAAAAAACAAAAAAUAGAAAACGCCCUUCUUUUGCUUUCCGAUCACUCUGUUUUCAGAGAGAUUACUGAAAUCGCAAGAAGAAAGGAAUAUGACCCAAAUCAAUAGUGAAAUGAACAUUGUCAAAAUCAUACCCUUUUCUUUCUUUUGAUUCAUUCAUUCGAAUUUCUCUUACCAGCCGCCAGCACCCUUUGGUUGGCCUUGAUUAUUAAAUGUGUCAUGAUCCGGGUUGAGAGAUGUCAAUAAGAAGAAAGUCACAACAACAACAAGAAGCUGCUUCUGUUGCUGCUGCUGCAAAUAAAUAAUGUCAGCUGCGAAUUUCGCCGAUGAUGACGACGACGACGAUAUAUCACCUAUGAGGGUCUUAUCAAAUGGCGACCUUUAUAGCGGCCAAUUGUCCUGCAGCCUACCAAACGGACAAGGUAAAUACCUUUGGACAGACGGGUGUAUGUACGUCGGAGAAUGGCAAAAAGGAAAGAUCAUGGGAAAAGGAAGAUUCAGCUGGCCAUCAGGAGCCACCUACGAAGGUGAUUUCAAAUCUGGGUUUAUGGAUGGAUAUGGAACUUACACAGGAGGAGAAGGAACGUAUAAAGGAAGUUGGAGUAUGAACAUUAAACAUGGAAAAGGUACAAAACACUACGCCAAUGGUGAUUACUACGAGGGAGAGUGGAAAAAAGGGUUGCAAGAAGGGAAAGGAAAGUAUCAUUGGGGAAAUGGGAAUGUAAAUGGUAACUAUUAUACAGGGCAAUGGAAGGUAGGGACGAUGAAUGGAGAGGGGUCGAUGGUUUGGUCAAACGGGAAUCGAUUCGAUGGGACUUGGGAGGAUAGUUUGCCUAAAGGAAAUGGUACGUUUAAGUUUGCAGAUGGGAGUAAGUAUGUUGGAGUUUUUAAUAAUGAUCAGAAAGAAGAACAGAGUGGGACGUUUUAUCCUGCUCCUUCUUCAUCUUCUCCUUCCUCGUCGUCUGGAAAUCAAGAUUGGGAUCCACAGAGCCUGUUUAGAGAUGAAUUAAGUGGGUGUUUGGUUUGUAAUGCGGAUAAAGUUUACAUAUUUCCAUCGCAAAAGUUGAUUAAUUGGCCUGGAGUUGAAGCGACCAAUGAUGUGAAACCAGUUAGGAGGACAUCUGUAGAUGGGAGAGUAAGCAAUGUGAAUGUAUACUCAGAUUUUGAAGAAGAUAUGGAGUAUUCUAAACGAAGCCCAUUGCAUCCAAUCAAAAUCAAGUCUGCAAAAAGACAGGGGCAGACCAUAUCUAAAGGGCAUAAGAAUUAUGAUCUCAUGCUUAAUCUUCAGCUUGGAAUAAGACAUUCAGUUGGAAGACCGGCUCCAUCAUCAAUAUCUCUUGAUUUAAAGACAUCAGCUUUUGAUCCUAAAGAGAAAUUAUGGACUAAAUUCCCACCUGAAGGAUCAAAACAUACUCCGCCCCACCAGUCUGUUGAUUUCAGGUGGAAGGAUUACUGCCCAUUGGUUUUUAGGACAUUAAGGAAACUGUUUAAGGUAGAUGCGGCAGAUUACAUGCUUUCUAUAUGCGGAAAUGAUGCACUCCGGGAGCUAUCAUCGCCGGGAAAAAGUGGAAGCUUCUUUUAUUUGACAAAUGAUGAUAAGUACAUGAUAAAGACUAUGAAGAAAGCUGAAUGUAAAGUUCUGAUAAGGAUGCUUCCUGCUUACUAUAAUCAUGUUCGAUCCUUUGAGAACACUUUAGUGACAAGAUUCUUUGGUCUUCAUUGUGUGAGAUUAACAGGCCCUGCCCAGAAGAAGGUUCGGUUUGUUAUAAUGGGGAAUCUCUUCUGCACCAAUUAUCCAAUUCACAGACGGUUUGAUUUGAAAGGAUCUUCUCUUGGACGAACCACGGGUGGACCCGAGUCAGAAAUUGACGCAACUACGAUCCUCAAGGACUUGGAUCUCAAGUAUAUCUUUCGACUGCAGAAAUCCUGGUAUCAAGAGUUCUGCAAGCAAGUGGACAAGGAUUGUGAACUUCUUGAGAACGAAAGGAUUAUGGAUUAUAGCCUUUUAGUUGGCCUACAUUUUCGAGGAUGCAUUGAACCACCUCGAAUGAGUGAAGCUGCUAGGAAUUCUGGAUUUCGUACUCCUACAGGAUCUGAAAACGGAGGACAAACACCACCUCGGCUAUCAAGAGUAGACAUGGAUCAACUGUUGUUGUCAGAGUCUACAAGACGGCCACCACCUGUAACGCUGGGCAUUAACAUGCCAGCCAGAGCCGAACAGACAAUCAGAAAAAAUGAGGGUGAGGUUCAACUAAUUGGAGAACCGACGGGAGAGUGCUGUGAAGUGAUCAUGUUCUUCGGUAUUAUUGACAUUCUUCAGGAUUAUGAUAUAACAAAGAAACUGGAGCAUGCUUAUAAGUCAAUGCAGUAUGACCCGACUUCAAUCUCGGCUGUUGAUCCCAAACAAUAUGCUAAACGCUUCAGAGAUUUCAUUUUCAGAGCGUUUGUGGCCGACGACAUUUGACAAAAAUAGUUGCAAAAAUUAAAUUUAUUUAGUUCUCAUUUCUUUACACCUAUAGGAAAGGAGAUGAUUAGUAUCUCAAAUUUUGUUGUGAUAAAUAAACAUGUACAUUAGUAAGAUGGAUAAUAGAGAUUAAUUAAUUAAUUAUUGUUUUUACAUUAGCCAA